UUUGAUGACUAUAAUAGCUGGACCCAAGAGCUGUCGGAGGAACAUCGAGCGAUCUGAGUAGUAGGGAAAUGGCGACAAACCCUCGUCUUGUUGAUACAAGUACCAAAUCCGUACAUCAGCUCUCUGCAGGAGCCAAGUACCUCUUGGCCUCACACUCCCACCUCUUCCCACCCUCACUGGACACCCAGGCAUCCUCCAUUUCUCCACCUCUCCAUCUUCUGCUUCCUCCUCCCCUUACACACAAUGAACAGUACUGUGUCCAACUGGAGGUUGAUGACGAGGGGAGUUGUCUUGUGAGUGUGUGGGUCGGAGAAUGCAGUGUGGACAAGAAGAUUGUUCCAAUUAAAUGCAACCAAGUUUCUCUCUCUCAUGAGUCUCUGCUGAAAUUGGGAAAGGAUCUGGUUCUGCAGUACAAUACCAAUUCUGAGGGGCUGCAAAGGCGACGGGUGCUACCCCAGACCCCAGGCCAGCAGCUGAGCGUAGCUCCGCCCUCCAAACCAACUCGUACUCAGCCUCUUCCAUUGCCAGAGAGGAAUGAGGCUGUGGCAAAUGGAGACAGCAGUUCGUUGUCUCUUGAAGAAUCCCUCAACCCAGGGUUGAGAGAGCGACUGAAGAGAAUAGCUCGUGAGGUGAACUCCAGGGAGAGUGGAGCAGGUCGCAGCAAGCCACCUCCCCCAUAUGAGCAGGUUGGCAACAGCAUUGGCUACCAGCUGUUGUUGCAACAGCAGAGCAGCGAGGGAGACGUGACUUCCCUCAUGAUUGACAGUCUCUACCCAAUGUUGAAGUACAUGCAGCUAAAGGAGCAGUCGCUGGAGCAGUUCUAUACUGACUAUCUUGAACAAUAUUCUGCUGCCAGGAGAGCCGGAGCCACACCUACAAAUAUGCAUCCGGAGGACACGCCCACCAUUGUGUUUGUAGUGGAUACUCUCAUUCAGCUGUGCUCUCUACCAAGAGUGAACGAGCUGGCUGUUCGCUACUGUCCUGUGUGGAUGAGACUUCUCUCCAUCUUCUGCCAUUCUCCACGCAACCAGCUUGCCAUGGCAACCAAGCGACUAGCUACCAAGGUUGUAUCCUGCAUGGGGCUGGGGAUUAUGGCAGAACAACCAGACUUCCAGACCCACGGCUGGUCUGUGCUCACACAUGUUGUGGCCACGCCUACUCCACGAGGUAGCAAGCCAGCUCUGCCCGAGCCUGCCAUUGCUCUGGCUCUCCCACUAGUGGAGAAACAACUUGAGUUAUUUGGAGGCCAGUUGCCCCUGGCAACAGCUAUCCUUGGAUUCCUGUCUCGACUGGCAUCUACUGCAAAACUGAGUCAGACAAGAGACUCAGGGAAAGGGGGCGUGGCCGAAGAGGAAGAGGAGGUUUACACUUUGGAGCAGGCUUCACGGGUCCUGGAGCUGCUAUCAGCGCACAGUGUACUGCGCCACGUGAUGAAGGUACCUCCCAAUGUGAGGAAGGACCCUUCAUUUGACGCCCACUACUGCCUUCUGGUGAAGGCCCUAGUGCCCACUCGGAAGAAGGUAGCAACGAAGCCCCCCUCCUCUCUGGCACCGUCUGCCCACUCCACCAGCUCGCUGGCCCCGCCUCCUGCCAAGCCCAAGAGAAUCAGGAGAGCUGCGACAGAUGCCAACCUCAUGGGAUCCAGGAAAUCUCGCAAGAGUCGAAAGAGCUACAAGAACAGGGCAGAAGAAGGAGGCAAUAGUACUAGCAGUGCUACAGUAGCUGAUAUGAGUCGAAGUCUGUCAGAAGAGAAUGUAGCAGAAUUUGAAAGGAAAAGAGAGGAAGAAGAGGAGGAGGGAGUGGUGAAAAGUGAGGGAGAGGAAGAGAGAGGAGGAGGGGGAAAAGGGUUCAGAGGAAUGAAAAGCACAAAAAGCGUGUGAAGAAGAGUGAAGGCGUCUAAAGAAAAGAACUGAGGUUAGAAUGGACUGCCACUCUUACAUCAAAAUGGCCAAAAGAGAGAGGAUAGGGACAACGAGGAACAGAAUAGCACUCCACUGCACAAUGAGCAGCCACCAGCAAAAGACGGCACACCAGAGAACAAAGAUUUUGUUACAACUACCAUUCCUCCCCUGUCUGCUUCUCCACUCAGUCCAGACUCUCUGGCAGGAGACAUUGCGACAGCACUUGCAGAGGUACGACGACCAGUUCGGCAGUAUUCCCUCAAGCGUAACCCUGGGCAACCAGAGGUACAUGUACCUGAUGUUCCAAACCACAAUUUCUACUACCGCACGUCGCUGAAGAGAAAAUCACUUGAACCGGCCAUUGUGGAUGAGGAGGCACCGACAGGUAGACAGUCGUGGGCUCCUCUGACUCCGCUCUCUCUCCCACUAGACCACACCCACCCACUGGAAUCCAGCAUUGAUCUUUGGACAUCGGAGGUGGAGUGUGGACACAGAGAUGUGUGCGAGGCUCUGUCAGAGAGGCUCCAGAUGCUGCAGGAUGUUUGGAGAUUGUGGAGGGAAGGUAGAGGCCUCCAGGCAGCCACUAACUGUGUGCGUGGCUGUUUCUCUGACGAUGUGUACGACACAGCCUUGUUCUGUGACCUCCUCCGCUCUUUCAGCUCCUUGCAGUCUCCGUGGACACUGGCCAUUGCUGUGGUUCUGCUCCCAGUCAUUGUCCAGCUCCUGAGCUCUCUGAGAGAACCGGCGCAGCUCCAAGUACUGGUUGGGGUAGUGGAUAUGGUGGUACAGAGGUUCUCUCCCUCCAUUCUAGCCUGCAAGAGUGAGGAGCAUAAUGUUUUCACAUUUUUUCUGUUUUUGUGAAGACCAUGAUGCCAUGUACAGUAGUAGGGUGCACGACGGAAUCUUGUUCCUCCUUCCUUGCCUGCCUCUCACUCUUUGCAGAGGGAAACAAGUCUCGCAGUGUAUCUGCGACCUCUGAUCUCCAACAGAGGACCACCUGCUACACCGCACUACACAAGGCCUGGGUUGCCCUGGGAGACCGGCUGGAAGGAAAAAUCGUUGCCAGCGACAAUGGAGAAGUCAUCAGUCUUUUAUCAACAUUGAGACAAUCUCUAACUCCCUUUAGUACCAAACUCACAACUAACUAGCCACUGCAGUUUUGUAUGAUUGAUACAGUUGUGAAUUCAUAUGAGAAAAAAUGCCAACAAAAUAAUACAAUUGGACAGAAGAGGAAUGUGAGUCACUCGGUAAACUCCCAGAAGUCGUUGUCAUAUCCCUCGUAGACGUGCUCCAGGACGGCGCGACACCUCAUCUCACAGUACCUGAGGCCACACACCCACUGGAUAAGUCAGGGAGAAGAGAGAGUGAAAAUAAAACUCACUUGGUCUUGUCCUGUACCAUUGUUUUCAUGUUAGAGAGGGUGUCUUCCGUAAUGUCUCUCUCCAGGUAUUCUGACAGACACUCUGUCGCCAUCUCCAGGUCCCCCUGGUUGUCCUCGAAAAUGAAGGUGUGGUUGUUCUUCUUCAGGUAGAAGGCAAAGCAGUAAGAGUACAUGAGUACCUGCCGACAUUGACACAGUACAUCUACGGCUUUCUUGACAAACUGAGCUUCAAUCCAUGACACAUUCAUUGCUUGCAGUUCCUGCAUCUUGGAGUGAGCCAUCUCGUACAGCUUGUGUUCCAUCUGAAGACUCUUCAUGUGGUUCAUAUAGCGAUUGCAGUAGAAGAGAUAUCUGUCAAGAGCUGCUCGUGAUUGUGCCUGAAGGUUUCUGGCGUCUUUUGACUCCUUCUCAUUGUAUCUGUUACAGUUGUACCUGC